UCAUUGCGAUUUCGUUACCCAAAUUCCCAAACUGGUUCUUCCCGCUUCUUUCUUCUUCUUCUUCCCUCUUCUUCGUUCCUUCUUCUUCAAAAUGCAGAACCGCAUCAAGCUCAUGUUGUUAUCAAUGGAGGUGGCACUCGUGAUUUCUCUGCUACUCUCUCUCAGCAACCAGCAAGAUGAAACUGAUUCUAUUUGCUCUGGUUUUCCAUUUUUGGUGAAUGUGGCCACCACCACCAAACCCUUUUCCUUCAACCAGAGUGUCGAAUUUACCACUGUCCGUUCCGCCGUCAUUCGCAUUCACUGCCACCACAGGGAUGCCUCCCCUGCCGUUCUCCGCCGCCACGUCUGCCAUGACUGCUUCAACAAGACAUGGUUCAACAAGGUGCUAUCUAUGUUCAAAUUGGUUCUUGGCUUCAACAAGGGCUAUUAUGCUUCACCGGUGUUGGCUGACGGUGAUAGGAACCGUUCCAUAGAGAAGCAGGCCAUUCGAAAUGGGACCAUGAAACAAGCAUGCGGCAGCUCGGGGACUAUGUCUUGUGCUGAUGUUCUUGCAGCAACAGAAUCCGUUUUUCUGGCUGGUGGAAGGGAUAGCAAUGAAUCUCUUCAAUCUUUUAAUGAGGAAGCAACUGAUGAGAAUCCCAGAUCUGAUGAUAUGGAUAACAUUACAUGCACACUGCAUCUCUAUAAUCUCAGAACAAUUAAUGAAAGACACACAAUGGCCCUUCUUGAUUUUAGCAAAACUGGGUGUGAUUUCAUUCAGGAAGAGCCUUACUCGAGCCUUAUUGCUAUUGAUUUGGUUCGUGAGAUGAGACCAAACUGCACGCAUAACAUGAAGAAUAACAAUACCUGCAGUGAUAAGGUUGCUGCCCCGCUUGUGAUCUCAAAUGAUUUUGUAAUUGCAGUUCUUUAUGCUUUUGCAAUUGCUCUUCUUUAUGAUUUACAAAACUAAAUAGUCGUUAGGGGCUCCGACAAUGGUGUACCAGUACAAUACCAUCCAGUGUAACCUGUUAUAAUAGGUUACAAAUUUUUACUAAAUUUCAUUUCAUUUGAUUUA